AUGCAAAUCUUAAUUAUAAUAUUAAUAAAUUUAUUUAUUUUAAAAUGUUAUUCUUCAAAUUCUUCUUGUUUACCAUGUACAUCAACAUUAUAUCGUUCAUGUUAUAAUUGUUUUAAUAAAUUUUCAAUUGAACAUAUACAUGUUGAAAAAAUUUCUAUUAUUUGUAAUUUAACAAAUAAUAAUAAUAAUAAUAAUAUUUUUCAAGAACAAGAACAUUUUUAUUCAAUUAUUAAAUCUUUUACAGUAAAAUAUUGUACUAUGAAAAUAUUUUAUUUUGAUCAAUAUACAUUAUGGAAUUAUCUUGAAUAUAUAUCAAUAACAUAUGCACAUCUUACACGUCUAUCGCCUGUCAUAUUUAAUCGAUCAUUAUCAAUUUCACCUAUUUUACAUAGUAUAAAAACAUUAAAUCUUUCACAUAAUUCAAUACGUAUAAUAGAUACGAACUUUUCAUAUUAUUUUCCAUCAUUAGAAAAACUUGAUUUAAGUUAUAAUCGUCUUAUACUUAUUAGAAAAAAAGCAUUUAUUAAUUUAAUAAAUUUACAAGAACUUUAUUUAAAUAAUAAUUAUUUAAAACAAAUUUUAUCAAUAAUUUUUCCACGUCAUUCAUUAAAUUUAAUUAAUUUAAAUUAUAAUCAUUGGCAUUGUUCAUGUACAAAUGUUUUAAUACUUUCAGUUAGUCAACCAAUACCAAUAUGUCAAACACCAAUUCAAUAUAAAAAUCAAAAUGCAUUUAAUAUUGCACGACAAUGUUUUUUUCGUUCAAAAGCAAUUAUUUUAAUUACAACAAAUAUUUAUAAAGAACAAAAUUUAACAUGUGCAUUAUCAUCUACAAUUGAUAUAUGGAAAAAUAAAACAAAUCAAAAUAUUACUCUAUUAUCUGCUUGGCAUAUAGAACAACGUCGUCCGAUUGCAAUAGAAUAUCUUUAUGCUUUAAGUAAAAAAUUUGAAAAAUAUUUAAUCUGUUUUAAUUUAAAUUCUUCUCAACCUGAAUCUGUAUAUACAAUAAUAUCGCUUACAUCAAAAUUAUCUUUAUUAAAUAAUAAAAAUUUAAAUACAAAUCUUUCAAUGAAUAUAACAACAAAUCGAACAUUUAUUAUUGUUAAAUCUGAAAGAAAACUUCCAGAAUUUUUUCUUUGGUUAUUAAAUAUAAGUAAAAAUAUUUUACCAAAAUAUUUUCGAACAUCAGAUAAAUUAGUUUUAAUUGUUUGGUUAAUACUUCUUACAAUAGUAUUAUUAAUUUUAUCAUUUCUUAUUUAUUUUAUUUAUCGUCAACGUCAAAAAUUUUCAAAUUUUCAAAUUAAUUCUUUUUCUCAACAACUUAUUCGUUAUGAUAAAAAUUCUCAUAAACAUCGAACAAUAUUUAAUUUAAAAUUUAAUUGUAAAAAUCAUAAAUGUUUAUGUCAAUAUCGUCGACGUGCACAUUCAACAAUGUAUUUAGCUAAAUCGACAACAUCAAAAUCAAUUAUAUUAUCAAAUAUUGAAUCAAAUAAUAGUAUUCGACCAUUAUUAAUUAAACCAACUGAAUUACGUUAUGCAAAAAUAAAACGUAUAUCAUCAAUAAAAGAAUUAAAUGAUGAUUAUUUAGCUGGACAAUUUCGAACUACAGUUAAAUUAAAAUCUUUACCUAAUUGA